UGGGAGGGGGACGGGGCGUGGCAGGGCUGACUCACAGGCUGCGUGGGGCUCACGGAGCCUGGGGACGCGAGUCUGAGGGGUGCGAGGGCCCUGUCCUGAGGUCGUGCGAGGGGGAUGGCGGCACGAUGGAGCAGCGAGAACGUCGUGGUGGAGUUCCGCGACUCCCAGGCGACGGCAAUGUCUGUGGACUGUCUUGGGCAGCAUGCCGUGCUUUCUGGCCGCAGAUUCCUAUACAUCGUCAAUCUAGAUGCCCCCUUCGAAGGUCACCGAAAGAUCUCUCGUCAGAGCAAAUGGGACAUCGGAGCCGUGCAGUGGAAUCCUCAUGACAGCUUUGCGCACUAUUUUGCAGCUUCGAGUAACCAACGAGUUGACCUUUAUAAGUGGAAAGACGGUAGUGGGGAAGUGGGCACAACCUUGCAAGGCCAUACUCGUGUCAUCAGUGACUUGGACUGGGCCGUGUUCGAGCCAGAUCUUCUGGUCACCAGUUCUGUGGACACAUACAUCUACAUCUGGGAUAUCAAAGACACAAGGAAACCUACCGUUGCACUGUCGGCUGUAGCUGGUGCCUCUCAGGUCAAAUGGAAUAAAAAAAAUGCUAACUGCCUUGCCACCAGCCAUGAUGGUGAUGUGCGGAUAUGGGAUAAGCGGAAGCCCAGCACAGCAGUGGAAUACCUAGCGGCCCACCUCUCCAAAAUCCACGGCCUCGACUGGCACCCAGACAGUGAGCACGUUCUUGCUACCUCCAGUCAAGACAACUCUGUCAAGUUCUGGGAUUACCGCCAGCCUCGGAAAUACCUCAAUAUUCUCCCUUGCCAGGUGCCUGUCUGGAAGGCCAGAUACACGCCUUUCAGCAAUGGAUUGGUGACUGUGAUGGUUCCCCAGUUGCGGAGAGAAAACAGCCUUCUCCUGUGGAAUGUGUUUGACUUGAACACCCCCGUCCAUACCUUUGUGGGGCACGAUGAUGUGGUACUGGAGUUCCAGUGGAGGAAACAGAAGGAAGGGUCCAAAGACUACCAGCUGGUCACGUGGUCCCGGGAUCAGACCUUGAGGAUGUGGCGGGUGGAUUCCCAGAUGCAGAGGCUUUGUGCAAAUGACAUAUUGGAUGGCGUUGAUGAGUUCAUUGAGAGCAUUUCUCUUCUGCCGGAGCCGGAGAAGACUUUGCACGCUCAAGAUGCAGAUCAGCAGCACACCUCAAGCCAUGGGGAGGAAGAAGCCCUAAAGGAAGAUCCCCCUAGCAGUGUCUUGGAAGAAAGGAAAUCAGAGCAGUUGGGCCUGCCCCAGACCCUGCAGCAGGAGUUCUCCCUGAUCAAUGUGCAGAUCCGGAACGUGAAUGUGGAGAUGGACGCGGCGGAUAGGAGCUGCACAGUGUCUGUGCACUGUAGCAACCAUCGAGUGAAGAUGCUAGUGAAGUUCCCUGCGCAGUACCCAAACAAUGCUGCACCUUCCUUCCAGUUCAUCAACCCCACAACCAUCACAUCCACCAUGAAAGCGAAGCUGCUCAAGAUCCUGAAGGACACUUCCCUGCAAAAAGUGAAACGCAACCAGAGCUGUUUGGAGCCCUGCCUGCGCCAGUUGGUCUCCUGCCUCGAGUCUUUUGUGAACCAAGAAGACAGCGCUUCUAGCAACCCAUUUGCACUCCCAAACUCUGUCACACCACCCUUACCGACGUUUGCAAGGGUCACCACUGCCUACGGCUCCUACCAGGAUGCCAAUAUUCCCUUUCCUAGGACAUCUGGGGCCAGGUUCUGUGGAGCAGGUUAUCUGGUGUAUUUUACAAGGCCCAUGACAAUGCAUCGAGCAGUGUCGCCGACAGAACCUACUCCUAGAUCUCUCUCGGCCUUGUCUGCUUAUCACACCGGCUUGAUUGCACCAAUGAAGAUCCGCACAGAGGCUCCUGGGAACCUCCGGUUGUACAGUGGGAGCCCCACUCGCAGUGAGAAAGAGCAGGUCUCCAUCAGCUCCUUCUACUACAAGGAGCGGAUGUCUCCUCGCUCUGCCCGGCGACGUUGGUCCAUACAAGCAAUUAACGACUUCCCGAAAUCAAGGCGAUGGAAAAGUAAGCGGGAAGGAUCGGACUCUAGCAAUCGACCCAUCAAGGCGGCUGGGAAAGUCAUCAUUCAGGAUGUCGCGUGCCUCCUUCCUGUCCACAAGUCCCUGGGAGAGUUGUACAUAUUGAAUGUGAAUGACAUUCAGGAAACGUGUCAGAAGAAUGCCACGUCGGCCUUGCUUGUUGGAAGAAAGGAUCUUGUUCAGGUUUGGUCGCUGGCUACUGUAGCUACAGACCUUUGCCUUGGUCCCAAGUCUGACCCAGAUUUGGAAACACCUUGGGCUCGACAUCCAUUUGGACGACAGCUGCUGGAGUCCCUGUUGGCUCAUUACUGCCGGCUCCGGGACGUGCAGACCUUGGCCAUGCUCUGCAGCGUGUUUGAAGCCCAGUCUCGGCCACAGGGAAUACCACAUCCCUUCGGGCCGUUUCCCAACCGGUCCUCCACUCUAGUGGUGUCCCACAGUCGCUAUCCCAGCUUUACGUCCUCUGGCUCCUGCUCCAGUAUGUCGGACCCGGGGCUCAGCACGGGGGGCUGGAACAUAGCGGGCAGGGAGGCAGAGCACAUAUCUUCACCCUGGGGAGAGUCUUCUCCUGAAGAGCUCCGCUUUGGGAGCCUGACCUGCAGUGACCCUCGGGAGCGAGAACGCGACCAGCAUGAUAAAAACAAAAGACUUCUUGACCCCGCCAAUACCCAGCAGUUUGAUGACUUUAAGAAAUGCUAUGGGGAAAUCCUGUAUCGGUGGGGUCUGAGAGAAAAGCGAGCAGAAGUGCUGAAGUUUGUCUCCUGUCCCCCUGAUCCGCACAAAGGGAUUGAGUUUGGCGUGUACUGCAGCCACUGCCGGAGCGAGGUCCGAGGCACGCAGUGUGCCAUCUGCAAGGGCUUCACCUUCCAGUGUGCCAUCUGCCACGUGGCCGUGCGCGGCUCGUCCAAUUUCUGCCUGACCUGUGGGCACGGCGGCCACACCAGCCACAUGAUGGAGUGGUUUCGGACUCAGGAGGUGUGUCCCACUGGCUGUGGCUGCCACUGCCUGCUCGAAAGCACUUUCUGACCUUGAGAGGGUGGAGCUGUCGGAAGCCCCAGAGGACACCGGUGCCGGCAGCAAGCGCUCUGCCAGGAGAGACUGUCAGGAACCGCCGAGCCGGGAGCGCCUGGUCUUCAUGGGUUGCCACUGCGUCUGUGUGCCUCCUCAUGGACAUCACUGAGGAGGAGGGGAUGUGCGCACAGAGCUUUGUGUGUUGCCUGCGUCAGCUUAGCUACCAGGCAGGAAGUUCUCAUUCAGAAAAGCACCUGCCUGCAGAGCCAGUGUUACCUCGAGGUGUCAGCCUCAACCCACUGAGCGGUGUUGAUGCCAGUGCCGAGACCGCUGUCAGAUGCGGAAGGCGGCCUCCUGAGCCAGAGGACGUGGUGUCAGUGUCGCCGCCCGGCGGGCUGUGCCGUGUGCAGCUCCAGAAGCUGGGACAUUGGAUGAGCUCAUGGAGAGUGGCCUUCUGGAAAGUGACACUCGCAUUGUGCAUAGGCGAUGUACUGAAGGAGCCCUAAGGUAUAUUUUGUUUGUCAUUUCUCCUCCAGCUGCUGUUCCUCGGCUAAUAAAAUUCUAGUCGUUUGAAAAAAACCAGAAAGUGGAAGUGAAUUUAGUGACUCGUUUUUUACCCUAAUUCUCACUGAGCUUAUUUUGGAUAGGAUGGAAGUCAGUGCUCUGAUUUUUAAAGGAAACGUUGGUUUAUUUUUGUCAUCUGACAGGAGAAAAUAGAAUUUGACAUUUCAGGUUCUUUGCAGCCCCAAGAGUCUCGUAAUGAUUUCUUGCAGAGAGGGAAGAAGAGCUGGCAUUGCAGCACUGAAACCCGGUGUCCCCGCAGCCGUGCGGAUUGCCCGUUCUGGCGCGCGCCUCUCUUCAUCCGAACCCCUUGAGAACUGUACCCAUGUUUUUCUGUGUUCUGAGUGGUUGCAACUCCUGUGCCCACCAGUUCUUCAGUGUGGUUUUCAGCUCUUCACAUUGAAUGUAUUCCAGAAAAAAAAUUUUGGGUAUUUCUAUUGAAACUCCUCUUUCUUAAAAUUUUACAUUUCCACAACGAUCAGUUUAAGCAAUGCCCCAUGAUUUGAGAGUGUUGUACAUCACUGCGCUCAAACUACAGCCCAGGACACAUGAAUGGAUUCUGAAAUCAUUGCAGCGGAUCAAAAACAGUAUGUAGAGGAAAUAAAAUAGUGUAGAAGAGAAAUAAUCACGAUGCACCAUAUGGAGAGAAAGUGAAUACAAGGGUAUUUCAUAAAGUCCAUGGGAAAUAGAUUGAAAUAUAAGUUCAUUUUGAUGGAAAAAAUUUGAAAUCCAUGUUUUUUCACAAUAGGCAUUUUCCAUAAACCUCUUUGAAGACUCCUCUUACGUGUGGAUUUCAAAAUUUAUUUUUUAAAUGAAUUCUUUUUGAAGAUUGAUUUAUUUGAAAGGCAGAGUUAAAGAGAUAAAGGGAGAGACACGGAGAUCUUCUGUUGGCUGGUUCCCUCCCCAGAUUGCCGCAGUGGCCGAGGCUGGGCCAGACUGAAGCCAGAAGCCCGAGACUCCUGCUGCAUCUGCCGUGUGAUCCACAGGAGUCCAUGUACUUAGACCGUCUGCUGUUGCUUUCCCAGGUGUGUUGCACACUUGUAUACUGGAUCACAAUGGAAAUUCAUUGGUAGCUGAAGAUCGUGGCCAACAACAUUCUCUAACACUGUUCUGGGUGAUGCCGAAACCUGCGUUACUGGGUGUGACGCACCACGAUGUUAGACAAAGUUCGGACCCUGUGCCGUGGGGCCAGCGUGUUCAUGCUGGACUGUGACCCACGUUAAGGUGCCAGCAGCUUGACAGAGUAAGCGGCCAGUUACUGGAAGGCAGCUGGAGGAGGGGGGCCAGGACAGUGACUUUGUCACGUCCUGCUUUUCCCUGGUGUUGAGGCUGCUGUGAUGGGAGCCUCUGCACAGGCUGGCUUAUUGACACAGGGAGACAGAGGGUCUGUGUGACGCCACUGGGGCGCCGUUCGUGGAGAACAGGCUUCUCCUGUCUGCUGCGCUCAAGCUGAUGUAAAACUCUGUCCUCUCUGUCCCCAUCAAUGUUGGGACUUCUUGUUUCAGUUAUGUCAUGGAGAAUUGGCCUCCAAAACAGAAAAAUGUUAAUAAUAGGUAGGAACCAAUGGGUAUUUCAGGUUUCAUUGUCUUUUUGCUGUAUGAAUUCCUUCUUUGGCCGGCACCGUGGCUUACUAGGCUAAUCCUCCGCUUUGCGGCGCCGGCACACCGGGUUCUAGUCCCAGUCGGGGCGCUGGAUUCUGUCCCAGUUGCCCCUCUUCCAGGCCAGCUCUCUGCUGUGGCCCGGGAGUGCAGUGGAGGAUGGCCCAAGUGCUUGGGCCCUGCACCCCAUGGGAGACCAGGAGAAGCACCUGGCUCCUGCCUUCGGAUCAGUGCAGUGUACACCGCGCCAGCCGUGGCGGCCAUUGGAGGGUGAACCAACGGCAAAGGAAGACCUUUCUCUCUGUCUCUCUCUCUCACUGUCCACUCUGCCUGUCAAAAAAAAAAAAAAAAAAAAAAAAAGCCAUGGAAUUCCUUCUGACUUUGCGGUCUACCAGAACAAAGUCUGAUAUUUUCACAAUGUUCAUGUUUGGAAACAUGCUGGCCUGCACACCGGCCAUGGUCGGUGUUCUCCACCUCGAAUGGAUGACUACCGGCACCUAAGCCUAGGUGCUCCAGAGUGUCUUUGAGCUUGGCAGGCAAGUCAGUCGUAUUCACCAAUCAGAAACCAAAGCUUGCUCAGGCAGCCUCCUGGAAAGCAGGGCUCAAACCUCUGGGGCCACGACCAGCUCCUGUCACCAGACACAGUGGAAAUCAUGCUUUCCUUCUCAGUGCCACGCAGGCAGGCAGCGUCGCUUUGAAAUGUUUCUCUGGGAUUCCCGUAGCAGAAACACACGGAUGCACUUGCUGGAAUCUCUUUCCCUGCUCACAGUCUCCUGGGUAACCGGCAGGAUGGAGGGGAAAACCAGUUCCUUCUCAGUGGCUUUUAAAACAGCAGGAACUAAGGAAAAGGCAGCACUGGUUCCGUUGGAGGACAGGUGCUGAGGCCACCCUUGGGCGGGAAGGCUGAGGGAGUUCAUCGGAAGUCCCCGUGCGGCGGAGCAGCUGCCUUUGCUAACUGAAGAAGCAGGAAUGAAAGCAGCAGCAUCAACAAAAACCUCCACAGGUUACCUUCUCCUUCCACCCUCGAGGCAAUAGGGCGUGUCCUUCACACUCUAAAGAUAGAGCCCCAGGGAUAAGACGUACCUUGGAUCCCUCAGUCUUAGAAUCUGACAUCCCAUCAGAAUCAGAUACAAAUCUACCUUAUUGGUACUCUAUCAUACUGACAAGUUUAUUUCGUGAACCGGGUCCCUCACAUUGCUUUCCCAGGUACAUUAGCAGUGGAGCAGCUGGAACUUGAACCUGCACUCCUAUGGGACGCUGGCCUUGCAGGCAGCAGCUUACCCUGCAGUGCCACAACAGGGCCCUGGUAUUUUUUUCUUAAGUCUCAGGAGGUCAGACCAGCAUUGUGGCAUAGAGGGUAAAGCCUAUACCUGAAAUGCUGUCAUUCCAUAUGGGUGCUAGUUCGAGUCCUGGCUGCUCCACUUCCAAUCCAGCUCUCUCCUAUGGCCUGGGAGAAGUAUCAGAAGAUGACCAAGGUGAUUGGGCCCCUGUCCCCGCGUAGGAGAUCCAGAAGAAGCUCCUGGAUCCUGGCUUCAACCUGACCUCAACCUGGCCAUUGUGGCCAUCUGGAGAGUGAACUAAUGGAUGAAAGAUUCCUUCUCUCUCUCUCUCUCUCUCUCUCUCUCUCUCUCUCUCCUCCCCCCUCCCAUAACCCUGACUAAAAUAAAUAAAUCUUUUUUAAAAAUCUCAGGAGGCCUAGUUUUAUUCAUCAAGUAUUGAACAUGAGACGGGCACUUGGGCAAAGGGGAGUCAUAGAGAACUCAGGCUUGUGACCUGUGCUCUGACCAGCCCGCUAUAAACCAGGGUUCCCGUGGCCUCCUUGAUGUCACCGGAAAUAAACGGGUGGGAAAGAAAGGUUAACAUAAGUUUUUUUAGGGCAGAAUAUAAGUGACUUAGGCCCAGGAGACACAACCCAACCACUUUCAAUGAGUCUCAGUAUUCAGCAGUGGUCAGAUUCUAGUAUUAUAGUUUCUGUAUUACACAAUAACCAUAUAUUGGCUUGGUCUGGAAAGGUGUGAAAUUUGUGUCACUGCCUUCAGGUAUCUUCAGAUAUAUAUAACUGCCUACAGGGGUCUUCAGAUAUAUGUAACUGCUGGAUCAGAAGUGGACGCACGACUUGAACCAGACGCUCCACUACGGGAUGUGGAAUCCCAAGUGGCGUCUUCACAGCUACACCUAUCUGGCAGAACUCCAAGGGCUGGAGAACAGACUGGUGGUUGUCAGAGGCGGGAGGGCAGGAGACAGGGAGAAAUGGGUAUAAAAAUCCCCAUGGGAGUGUAACAGUUCCGUACCUUGACGGUGGUGAAUACGUACCUACAUCUGUGAUAGCAUUGCACCGACUUGUUCGCCUGCACGCAGAUGAGCACAGGUGAGACGGGAAAGUCUGAGUAGGGGAGCGGACUUAGCGAGGGGCGUGUGUGUGUGUGGCAGUACACUAGUGCUGCGUGUGGCAGUACACUAGUGCUGCAGCGUGCUUCUGUUGGGAACUGGGCAAAGGUGCCCUGUCUCUGUGACUUCAGGUUUUUCCAAAAUGAGAAGUUUAAUUACAUAGCUGGACACCGCCUCCCACAGUCGGUCCUGAUAAACAGAUACAACUUUUGAGCAUCAACUGGGCCAUGCUAGCCCCUCUCUGGACCUGAGUGUUUGUUGACCAGGGAUCCAUGGGACUUAGGGACUCUUCUGUCCUACGUGGGGAGCAAGAUCCAAUCUGUAAUUAGCACACUGAGGCCCGAACCCCUGGAUCUGCACCCCUGCAUGCUCCCCCUCCUGCAGAGUUGGGCAUGGGUGUGGCAAGCAAGAAACUAGGAGCGCCGGCGCCGCGGCUCACUAGGCUAAUCCUCCGCCUAGCGGCGCCGGCACACCGGGUUCUAGUCCCGGUUGGGGCGCCGGAUUCUGUCCCGGUUGCCCCUCUUCCAGGCCAGCUCUCUGCUGUGGCCAGGGAGUGCAGUGGAGGAUGGCCCAGGUGCUUGGGCCCCGCACCCCAUGGGAGACCAGGAGAAGCACCUGGCUCCUGCCAUCAGAUCAGCGCGGUGCGCCGGCCGCGGCGGCAUUGGAGGGUGAACCAACGGCAAAGGAAGACCUUUCUUUCUGUCUCUCUCUCUCACUGUCCACUCUGCCUGUCAAAAAAUAAAAAUAAAAAAUAAAAAUAAAAAAAAGAAACUAGGAGCUUGUGUGGGUGUGGGUGGCUCUCAGGGCUGUCUUUCCUUCAACAACAGUGAGUGCCAUUUCCCUUAAAAAGCGGGAAUGGAGAGGAGGGGGAGGGGACUCAGGAGGACCGGGUACAGCCCCAGUUGCCCCUCUGAGAGGGGUGGCUGGUGUUUUGUAAUAAGCAUAUCUGACUUCUCUCCAAUUUUAGUCUGUUGACUCAGUUCCCAUAGGGUGGUGGCAGUGGUUUUCCGGUAAGACUUGCACUUGUAAAUCAGCAAAAACGUCCAGGAAGGGGUGACAACUCUGAUGUCUGCCAUCACAUUGGAAAUGCACAGCUCCUCUGGGGACACCGGUUAUCUCCUCCCAAACCAGAUGCAGACGUUCUCAGAGCUGCCCCUGGGGAGAAGGCCUGUUCGUGCAUGGCAGGCCCACGGUCCAGCAGUGUUGAGUUGAGCUAGCCAAAAACAGACAAAAAGCACAGAGAUGAGUACGCAGCUUUUCUCCAUGAUGAAAUUUUACAAGAACAUAAGUCACAAAGCCACCUCUAGUCACAACCCGUGUUUUGCCACCUGAAGCCAGGAUACAGGUGAAGGCUGAGGGAAGCAGAGAGACGGCAGUGCGUGGCUUCCUGGCCUCCGCUGUCUGCGGCUGUGGUUCCGCAGCGCCGCUCAGGAGUGCGACCUGUCUCAGCUGGGAGCUUCAGGAGAUGGAAACCCCGGCCCGGCUGCUGCUUUGCGUGGAUGCUUUUGAACCCAAGCUGGAAGCAACGCUGCUUUGAAGUGGAGGGCCUCUGCUCUGCCACUUGCUCCAUUUAGACAGAGCGGUCGAUAGGUGGAUAGAGACCCAGGCUGUCUACGUGGAGGUUUUUUUUUUUUUUUUUUUUUUAAUCCUGAACCUUUGCUGAGUGGAAAUCAGAAACGGAGGAAAGGCAGGAAAGAUCAACGUCCGUGUCCCAAGUAGGAGGAGCUCUUUCCCGCUGGAGAAAUACCCCAGGAAGGAAUCAAACCUGGUGGGGUUUUUUCUUACACAAACAUUUUGGACACGGCUGAGACAAUAGAAUCUGAACACCUCUGCAGGACCUUUAUUGUUUUCUCCAUGGAAGCUGGAAACUCAAGGCGGGAGCCCUCACGGCUCGGGGUUUCCCGCGCGGUCGCAGCUCGUGGAAGCAGGGAGAUGCCCAACGCCAGGUGGCAGCAGAGGUCUAGCUUCUGCCCGAAGGACGUUGAGGAGAAAGGUCAAGCCAGGCGGAUCUGCACUUGUUUCUAACGAGAGAGCUGCUUCCCUGUCAUUCGCUCCAGUUCCUGGAUGCUCUGAUUGGAAAAACAUCAGAAAGGAAAAGCUGUUAGGAGUCCUGCGCCUCCCCCACCCUCUUGGAUUUGAACAGCUCUUAGACUUUCCUGCUGAAACCGCAGCUCUUGAGGUUAACUUUCAAGAGAGAAACAGCUGCAGCACAGUUGUAGGGAAGGAAGGGGGGGGGGUGGA